CCGGCCUCCUCCGCCGCCGCCGCCGCCGCCGGUCCCCGCCUCCCGCGCUCGCCACCGCGGCGGCCGAGGGCGACUGGCGCCGCCGCCCCGCUCGCCCCGCUCGCCCGCCUUCCCUCCGCCCGCCGCGGCCCCGCGGCGCGGGCCCGCCGCAGCGCAGCCGCUCUGAGCCCCUCUUGAUGGAAGAGCACGGGGUGAGCCAGGCAGAGCACAUGGCUACCAUCGAGGCGCACGCCGUGGCCCAGCAGGUGCAGCAGGUGCACGUGGCCACCUACACGGAGCACAGCAUGCUGAGCGCCGACGAGGACUCGCCCUCCUCGCCCGAGGACACCUCCUACGACGACUCCGACAUCCUCAACUCCACCGCGGCCGACGAGGUCACCGCGCACCUGGCGGCGGCAGGCCCUGUGGGGAUGGCAGCAGCUGCUGCAGUGGCAACAGGGAAGAAAAGGAAGAGACCUCACGUGUUUGAGUCCAACCCCUCCAUAAGGAAGAGGCAGCAGACUCGAUUGCUCAGGAAGCUCCGGGCCACGCUGGAUGAGUACACCACCAGAGUGGGGCAGCAAGCCAUCGUCCUGUGCAUCUCACCCUCCAAACCCAACCCUGUCUUCAAAGUGUUCGGUGCUGCACCCCUGGAGAACGUGGUCAGAAAGUACAAGAGCACCAUCCUGGAGGAUCUGGAAUCAGCUCUGGCCGAGCACGCCCCGGCCCCCCAGGAGGUGAACUCAGAGCUGCCACCCCUCACCAUCGAUGGCAUCCCCGUGUCCGUGGACAAAAUGACCCAGGCACAGCUGAGAGCCUUCAUCCCUGAGAUGCUGAAGUAUUCCACGGGUCGUGGGAAGCCAGGCUGGGGCAAGGAGAGCUGCAAGCCCAUCUGGUGGCCCGAGGACAUCCCCUGGGCCAACGUCCGCAGCGACGUGCGCACGGAGGAGCAGAAGCAGAGGGUGUCCUGGACCCAGGCCCUGAGGACCAUAGUGAAGAACUGCUACAAGCAGCACGGGCGGGAGGACCUGCUGUACGCCUUCGAGGACCAGCAGGCGCCGCAGAGCGCCACUCACAGCAUCGCCCACCUGGUGCCCUCCCAGACCGUGGUGCAGACCUUCAGCAACCCCGACGGCACCGUGUCCCUCAUCCAGGUUGGCACAGGUGCCACAGUGGCCACGCUGGCCGACGCCUCCGAGCUGCCCACCACAGUCACCGUGGCACAAGUCAAUUAUUCUGCAGUGGCUGAUGGAGAGGUGGAGCAGAACUGGGCCACGCUGCAGGGAGGGGAGAUGACCAUCCAGACCACGCAGGCCUCGGAGGCCACGCAGGCGGUGGCGUCGCUGGCCGAGGCGGCGGUGGCGGCGUCGCAGGAGAUGCAGCAGGGAGCCACUGUCACCAUGGCACUCAACAGUGAGGCCGCCGCCCACGCCGUAGCCACGCUGGCCGAGGCCACCCUGCAGGGAGGGGGACAGAUUGUCCUGUCUGGGGAAACUGCAGCAGCAGUGGGGGCACUCACUGGAGUCCAGGAUGCCAAUGGGCUGGUGCAGAUCCCUGUCAGCAUGUACCAGACGGUGGUGACCAGCCUGGCGCAGGGCAACGGGCCGGUGCAGGUGGCCAUGGCGCCGGUGGCCACGCGGCUGGCGGACACGGCGGUCACCAUGGACGGCCAGGCCGUGGAGGUGGUCACCCUGGACCAGUGACCUGCCCUCUCCUCACCCUCCAGAGACCCAAUCAGGUGGCAUUUGCAACGAAAGAACUUUUUUUUUUUUUUUUUCUUUUAUUUUUUUUUUUUAAACGAGGAAAAACAGCAACAACAAAACCAAAAUGCGUGUAAAGUGCAUUUUUGUAACGCCACUCUGCUCUCUCUGGAGGAGCCAGAAGCCAAAUUGUGAUGGGACUUUGAUUCUGAGGAGGUUGAAAAGAAAAUAAAAAUAAAGCCACCCUUUAUAUGCCCCGUGUGGGAUCGAGCAGGAGGAGGUUGGGGGCACCCCCAGCCAGCACCGACCUCGACAGCAAAUUAGGUAUCAGAGAUUUUAAUAUGGACUUUUAUAUUCCUUAAAAACCCACCCUGGAAAAAAAGAGUAACAUUAAAAAAAAAAUAAAAACAACAAAAAAACAAAAAGUUGGGGAAAAAAAAAAAAAAAAAAGACUCCUCUCCUGGGAAAAGCAAGAAAAAAUGAAAAUAAAAAUAAAUAAAAGAAUGCAUGUGUGACUGCAGGGGGUGGAGAGCCCUUGGUGCACACUGGAGACCUGUUCUGUUCCCUGCUCUCAUCCCUGCCUUUUACACCCCUGGGGUUUUGGGGGUUCUUUUGGAUUUGUUUUUUUUCUUUAUUAUUAUUAUUAUUGUCGUUGUUGUCGUUGUUAUUAUUAUUAUUUCCUGGAAGCCUCUAAAGGGGCUCUGGCUGCAUUCUCCCCAUUUUUGGGUUUUUUUUUUUUUUCCUUUUCCCCACCUCAUUCCCAGGAUUUCCCAGUCCCUGCUGACCUCUCCUGCAAUUCCCACUGGGAAUUCUCCCCUGGAAGGGGGGAUUGAGCAAACCCCACCCUGCUCCUGCCCUGUGCACGGUUUGAACCCCAAAAUCCUUCCCAGGAGGGUUCCAAAAAACCCUUUGGGUGUGGGGGUGGGGAGUUUUGGGGAGGGGAGAGAUUUUUUUUUUUUACUCAAACCCUCGUGCCCAACCCAACCCCCCUCCCCCUUCAAGCACUUCCCAUGGGAUUUAAUUUUUGGGGGGGUUAUUUUGGGGAGGUUUUUUUAAUUCUGAUUUCCAAGUUCUCCACGUCUCCCAGGAAGUUUCCAGAUUCUUGUAUUUACUUGUUUUAUAUGGGGGG